AUGCAACAAUCAAAUGAUUUUAAAGCUUCGACAUCUACACCCAUCACGGGGAACAACCGUCGCUUACAAAGGACGAGGCCCGUGACUGGCCGCCGCAUUCUAGCCUCAAGCUCUCAACCCAAUGAACCCUCGACCUGGAGAAGACUAAAAUAUUUCCUAGCUGGAAUUCCUCAGAAAAUAAGAUCUAUUAUCUUAGAUAUCUUUAUAAAGAGGCAGGGUUUAAGUACUAGUGUUUCAAAUGAGGUCGUCCCCCGAACACCCCAAAUAUUUGAAACUACCACAACCAAGUCUCCUUGGAACCUUCAAUCUACAGCCCCUACGAUCACCCGGCGACAAGCGAUCGGUAGGUUUUACAUUCUACAUUGCCUUGUAUCCGCAAAAAUACCAUUUGUAGUCUGGGGAUUGGAAGCACUGGCCUGUAACUUCGUCCCCACUCACUUUCGCGAUCCCUUAGAAAUUCUCGUUCCUCGGGAAUACUUAAACGAAGCCGCUAAGAUAAUCGAGAACGAUAAAUAUUCUUUCUAUCGACGGAUCGAAAAAUUUGACCAUGUCGACGAUUAUACAUUUCCAAGGGAGGUUAGUGUCCUGGUCCGGCGAAACCUUAGGAAAUGCGAGUACUUGCAAACUCCGAAAACAAAUAUACAGUUUCAGCCAUGGCAGAUAAUAUUAAUACCUGAUCAUAUCUUUAAAUUUCGAGCGAAUGCUUCCAUAACACAAGGCUUUGCUCAAACUAGAAAGCUUCCGGCUCAUCUCGGUUUUCGUGGUAUUUUGGCGAAUGUCAAGGUUCCCACCUUUUUGGGAAUGUUGAAUUCUAUUUACGCAACUAUUGAUUCUCGAUGCGUAGAUGAUGGUGAUGGUGCUAUGAAAGCACAACUUGAGGAGCAAGCCGAAGCUUUAAUAAUGUGGCGAAUACGAAGAGACGAGUCUGCUGAAGUUUACCAGUCGGUCCAAGACUUGCCCGAGGACUUGCGAAGCAUCAGAGACGGAUUAUACCCUCGAGGUCGAAAGUUUUUUGAUGAUAAGUACUUGGUGGCUCACGAUUCCUAUUUAUAA